GAUGGCAUCGAAAAACCUCAAAAUCAUGUCAAAUCGAUGCUACCAUCACAUCAUCACCAACGCCCUAUUCCUCAUCAUCCCAUCUCUCAUCUUAGCCGCAAUCAUCAAUCUCAACCACCUCUACAACGACAGCUUAACCGCCGCCGCCGCCGCCGCCAUCUUGUCCUUGUGCAUAUUAUUUUCCUACUUCCUCCGUCCGAGAAAAGUAUACUUGGUGGAUUUCACAUGCUACCGACACGACCCGGCUUUCUCAACAAACCGGGAUACCUUCAAGGAGAAGAUGUCAACCCUGCUCAGCCCGGAGAGCCUCUCCUUCACUACCAAGGUCAUCGAGAGGUCAGGGGCCGGAGAGGAGACCUUCAUCUACGGCGUCAGAGACUUCCCGCCAAAAUCGUCGUUCGAAUGCGCGAGGGAGGAGGCAGAGAUUGUACUGUGCGGAGCCGUGGAUGAUCUGAUGGCCAAGACUGGGGUGGAGGCUGCUCAGAUUGGUGUGGUGGUGGUGAAUAUAUCGACGUUCAAUCCGGUGCCGUCACUGUCAGCCAUGAUCGUCAACAGGUACAAGCUGAGAGAGGAUGUGCUCACCUACAACUUGGGGGGAAUGGGCUGCAGCGCUGGCCUCAUUGCCGUCGACCUCGCCAAACGCCUCCUCCAGGUUCAACGCAAUAGUUACGCCCUAAUCGUGAGCCUAGAAAGCCCAACCAGCGGCUAUUACCUCGGCCACGACAAAUCAAAGCUCCUCUCCAACUGCCUCUUUCGCAUGGGCGGCGCCGCCCUCCUCUUAUCCAACCGCCGCUCUGACCGCCGCAUCUCCAAAUACGAGUUGAGCCACACCCUCCGCACCCACCGCGGCGCCGACGACCGCUCCUACAAGUGCGUAUUCCAAGAAGCCGACAAAGAAGGAGCCCUCGGCAUCACCAUAUCCAAAGACCUCCCCUCCGUCGCCGGCGAAGCCCUCAAGGCCAACAUCACCUCCCUGGGCCCACUCGUGCUCCCCAUCUCCGAGAAACUCACGUUCCUCGCAACGCUCAUUGGCCGAAGAUUUCUCAACAUGAAAGGGCUUCGCCCAUACGUGCCGGAUUUCAAGGCGGCGUUCGAGCAUUUCUGCAUCCAUGCGGGCGGGAAGGCGGUGCUGGACGCGGUGGAGACGAGUUUGAAGCUGAGAGCGUGGGAUAUGGAGCCGUCCAGAAUGACGCUUUAUAGGUAUUGUAAUACGUCAAGUAGUUCAGUGUGGUAUCAGCUGGCGUAUGCGGAGGCGAAGGGCCGGGUUCGGAGGGGAGACCGGGUUUGGCAGCUCGGGUUCGGGUCGGGUUUCAAGUGUGCGAGUGGUGUGUGGAGGGCGUUGAGGACUAUUCCUCCGAAUGAGGUGGAUAACCCGUGGCUACAAGUCAUCGAUCAAUUUCCUAUUUCUCUGCCUACCUGAUCCCGAACCCGAACUGGACACGUAUUUCGUAUUAUAUCUCCUAUUUGGUGAAUGUAUAUUGCGCUCAUAGAUAGAGCCAACGAAUGUUAUAUUUAAGGAAUGUAUAGCAUAUUGCUUGAUUAUUUCUGAUUUUGUAUCGUAGAUUGCUUGGAAUCAUAUGCCAAGUUUUUUGCCUAUGUAUCAUAGAUUGCUUGCCUGUGUAUAGCAGAUUGUUUGCUUAAUUUGUCAUUUUAA